AUGUCUCAAUGUUCUGGGAAUGAUGCACCCAUCAGCAAAGGGGAUAAGUUGAACAAGCAGCAGUGCCUGAAGAAUAACCUUGAGAGAGAUUCUAUGAAAGACAAGCCUUAUACUUCAAACGUUGGAAACUUGAUGUAUGCACAGGUGUGUACUCGACCUGACAUUGCCUUUGCAGUUAGCAUACUUUGUAGGUUCCAGUCUGAUGCUGGUUUAGCUUAUUGGACUGCUUCUAAGAAGGUGAUGCGGUACUUACUGAGGACCAGAGAUUUCAAGCUUGUCUACAGAAGAGAUGAGAGACUUGAGGUGGUCGGCUAUUCAGAUUCAGAUUUCAGUGGUUGUACUGAUGACAUGAAGUCAACCUCUGGAUAUGUCUUCUUGAUGGGUCGAGGUGCAAUUUCGUAA